CUGUCCGGAGCCGAGCGGCGAACAUCUGCCGGGGUUAAAGUUUGUUUUACCAUGAAGCAGUAGACGGAAGGAGAGCCAGGAGGCAGGAAACCGACAGGGGAGACGGAGAGGAGGCGGCUGCUUCAGAGGAGGAAGAGAAGGAAGAGGAGGAGGAGGAGGAGGAAGAUGGAGGGGGCGGAGCAGCAGAGAGAGGAGGGCGGAGCCUGCGAGCCCAGUGUCAUGUCUGAGGUCACAGAGGAGGAAGUGGAGGCCGAGGACGCGGUCAGGAACUGGAACCACGCGCACGGCGAUGAUGUCACUUCCCCUCCGGCCGAGGCGGCGGCGGCGGCGGCGGAGAUCAGCCCGGAGACGGAGCAGAGUGAAGAGCCAGCAGCAGCGGCACCUCAGGAAGCACAGAGCGGGACGGUGGUCGUCCCCGGCAACAACAGGAUGGCGGCCAGCGAGCGGCUGCAGAGAGUCCGCAAGUGGAGCAUCACAAAGUACAAGAGCACCAGGCAGGCUCUGUCUGAGAGGCUGGGCCGCGGCUCGCGCACGGUGGACCUGGAGCUGGAGCCGCGCCUGGAGCUGCUGAGGGACGACCGGCAGCGCUACGAUCACAUGACUCGGCUCGCCCAGACGCUGGCCAAUCAGCUCGCCCAGCUGACCGUCACCCAGAAGAACCUGGGGGACGUGUUCGCCGAGCUGAGCCUCAAGACGCCGCCGCUGCACGUGGAGUUUGGUGUGAACGCCGACUCUCUGAGGUUUGUGGCGAAGAGCGGAGAGACUCUGACGGCGGCGGUGAACGAGUUCACGGCCGACGUCAACACUCUGGUGAACAAAACCAUCGAGGACGUCAUGAUCAACGCCAAGCAGUACGAGGCCGCCAGGAUCGAGUACGACGCGUUCCGCUGUGACCUGGAGGAGCUGAACCUCGGGCCGCGGGACACCGGCACGCUGCCCAAGCUGGAGCAGGCCCAGCGCGACUUCCAGGACCAGAGGGACAAGUACCAGAGGACCAGAGACGACCUGUCCGUCAAACUCAAGCUGCUGCAGGAGAACAAGGUGAAGGUGCUCCAUAACCAGCUGUGGCUGCUCCACGGCGCUGUGGCCUCCCACGCCACCUCUUGUCACCAGUUCCUGCAGCAGGGCGUCCAGAAGGUCGCCACCCACGCCGCCCAGCCCGGUGUGGACGCCCCCUCCUGGCUGGAGGACAGCUGACCUGCAGGCGACGCGACACAACAGCCCACGCUGCCGAUCACGUCGGGGAAAUUGUUUUGGUGGGGUUGGAGGGGAUUUUACGAGAAUGGAAACGUGUGAAAAAGAUGUUUGAUUGUUUUCAGGACGUGUUUGAAAAAUGAUGUGCCUGGAAGUUUGGCUCGCUGAUUAGAAAGGAGGGCAGGUAGUUUAUUUAUGCCAGAGGGAAAUUAAACACUGUGGGUCUGGGAGAGGUUUUCUGGGUGCCUGGAGCUCUGACUCAGGUCUGUGAAUGUCUGGAAAAGGGAGUUUUCAAUUUCCAAAUGUUCCAGACUUGCAUAAAA